AUGGCCCAAACAACCGCACUUACCGCACUCACUCCACGCGAGGCCGUCGCGGAUGCCCUCCACCGCUGCGUCCUUGGCCUCGAUACUAACGAUCGGGAUCUCUUUGAAUCCGCAUGCCUAAAGGAUGAGACCGCCACAGUUCUUGCCGGUCCGGACACCAUUUACGGCUGGGAUGCGAUCAACGCGUUGAUGUCCAGAGUCUUCCUCGUGGUCACCACACAUUUCAUUACCAACAUCCGCGUUGAGCUGAAAGAUACUACCACCGCGUUCAUGACCGCGCACGCCAUCGCGUACCAUGUUCGGCCGGAUGAUGUGUACAAGCCGGCGGAUACUUCGUACACGGCUGCGUGCUUGUACUUUAUGGAUCUUGUGAAGGAUGACACUGAUGGUCUAUGGAAGAUCAAAAGGUGGGAGAUCAAAAUCCAGUGGACUUCUGGCGACAGAGCGGUUCUUCAUGGAUGA